UUUGUGCUUCCCGGACUGGCACACCGCGGGCUCGAACGAAGAAACCCAUGGCGACGGAGGAAGUCGCCGUCGAGAUCGUCGACGUCGACCGGUACGACGGGCCGGCGUCGCGCUUCUCCCCGAUCGCCGCCGGGGGCAAGACCAAGUCCGACGCCAUCUCCGUCGAGCAGUACACCGAGGACAGGGACCUCUACAAAGCGAUCGCCGCUUCUCUUCACCAAACCAGGCCCGAAAGCCUCGACGAGGGCGACGACGUGCGAGUCCUGGACUCGCUUCCAGCCGGAACCCGGUCGUCGUCUUCGCGAAAGCGGAAGAAGCCCUACAGUGGCUCAUCGGUCACCGAACCGGGUCAGGCGUCGAAUUCCGAGCCCGAUCCUUCGUUUGUCUGUGAGAUUUGCGUCGAGCCGAGGACGGGCGGCGACAUGUUUCGGAUCAAGGGCUGUAGUCACGCGUACUGCAACGAAUGCGUUACUAAGUACGUAGCUUCAAAGCUCCAAGACAACGUGACGCGCAUAGGCUGCCCCGUCUCGGGCUGCGGUGGCGUUCUGGAGCCGGUGUGCUGUAGCUCGAUACUCCCUCCGGAGGUGUUCGACCGUUGGGGCAAGGCGUUGUGCGAGGCUCUGAUCUUGGAGUCGGAGAGGUUUUACUGCCCGUAUAAGGAUUGCUCGGCCUUGUUGAUCAAGGACGGACGCAAGGCCAUGAGGGAGUCGGAGUGUCCGAACUGCCGGAGAUUGUUCUGCGUGAAGUGCAGAGUGCCGUGGCAUGCGGGCAUGGGGUGCCAGGAGUUUCAGAAGCUGAACGAGGGGGAGAGAGAGAGGGAGGACAUAAUGCUGAAGAAGCUGGCGGAGGAGAAGCAUUGGAGGAGGUGCCCUAAGUGCAGUUUCUACGUUCAGAAGAUUUCUGGUUGCGAGACGGUGCGGUGCAGAUUCUUUUACUAUGCUUACACUUCUAUUUCUACGCCUGCAUUCUGUGGUUCUUUGUAUGGUAAGUGUACCGUGGUGUGA